GUUUGGUCCCAAGACAAGCUCAGCUUUAGACCCUCAGUGGGAAUACCUAAAUACUUUUCAAAUAAGAGAAGAACAACACUGAAGAGGAGAUGGUUGAAACCCAGUUUAUUAGACCAGAGGCAUGCGUCACCCAGAGCCCUGCCUGCUGUUCCCCUAUCCAGUGCACGCUUCUUGGCCUUGUUCCUGCUUCCUUCUGGGGAGAAAGAUGGAUACUACGAUGCUGAAUUUGCGGAAUCUGUUUGAGCAGCUUGUGCGCCGGGUGGAGAUUCUCAGUGAAGGAAAUGAACUCCAAUUCAUCCAGUUGGCGAAGGACUUUGAGGAUUUCCGUAAAAAGUGGCAGAGAACAGACCAUGAGCUGGGGAAAUACAAGGAUCUUUUGAUGAAAGCGGAGACUGAGCGUAGCGCUCUGGAUGUUAAGUUGAAGCAUGCACGUAAUCAGGUGGAUGUAGAGAUCAAACGGAGACAGAGAGCUGAGGCUGACUGUGAAAAGCUGGAACGACAGAUUCAGCUGAUUCGAGAGAUGCUCAUGUGUGACACAUCUGGCAGCAUUCAACUAAGCGAGGAGCAAAAAUCAGCUCUGGCUUUUCUCAACAGAGGCCAACCAUCCAGCGGCAAUGCUGGGAACAAAAGACUGUCAACCAUUGAUGAAUCUGGUUCCAUUUUAUCAGAUAUCAGCUUUGACAAGACUGAUGAAUCACUGGAUUGGGAUUCUUCUUUGGUGAGGACUUUAAAACUAAAGAAGAGAGAAAAGAGGCGCUCUAAUAGCCGACAGUUUGUUGAUGGUCCCCCUGGACCUGUAAAGAAAACUCGUUCCAUUGGCUCCACAGUAGACCAGGGAAAUGAAUCCAUAGUUGCAAAAACUACAGUGACUGUUCCCAAUGAUGGUGGGCCCAUUGAAGCUGUGUCCACUAUUGAAACUGUGCCAUAUUGGACCAGGAGCCGAAGGAAAACAGGUAGUUUACAGCCUUGGAACAGUGACUCUACCCUGAGCAGCAGACAGCUGGAGCCAAAAACUGAGACAGACAAUGCAGGCACGCCACAGAAUAAUGGAGGGAUGCGCCUGCAUGACUUUGUCUCUAAGACGGUUAUUAAACCUGAAUCCUGUGUUCCAUGUGGGAAGCGGAUAAAAUUUGGCAAGCUCUCUCUGAAGUGUCGAGACUGUCGUGUGGUCUCUCAUCCGGAGUGUCGGGACCGCUGUCCCCUUCCCUGCAUUCCUACCCUGACAGGAACACCUGUCAAGAUUGGAGAGGGAAUGCUGGCAGAUUUUGUGUCCCAGACUUCUCCAAUGAUCCCCUCCAUUGUUGUCCACUGUGUAAAUGAAAUUGAGCAAAGAGGGCUGACUGAGACAGGCCUGUAUAGGAUCUCGGGCUGUGACCGGACAGUAAAAGAACUGAAAGAGAAAUUCCUCAGAGUGAAAAAUGUACCGCUCCUCAGCAAAGUGGAUGAUAUCCAUGCUAUCUGUAGCCUUCUAAAAGACUUCCUUCGAAACCUCAAAGAACCCCUUCUGACCUUUCGGCUAAACAAAGCUUUUAUGGAAGCAGCAGAAAUUACAGAUGAAGACAACAGCAUAGCUGCCAUGUACCAGGCUGUUGGUGAACUGCCCCAGGCCAACAGGGACACAUUAGCUUUCCUCAUGAUUCACUUGCAGAGAGUGGCUCUGAGUCCACAUACUAAAAUGGAUAUUGCCAAUCUGGCCAAAGUCUUUGGCCCUACAAUAGUUGCCCAUGCUGUGUCUAAUCCAGACCCAGUGACAAUGUUACAGGACAUCAAGCGCCAACCCAAGGUGGUAGAGCGCCUGCUUUCAUUGCCCCUAGAAUACUGGAGUCAGUUCAUGAUGGUGGAGCAAGAGAACAUUGACCCCCUGCAUGUCAUUGAAAACUCAAAUGCCUUUUCAACGCCACAGACGCCAGAUAUUAAAGUGAGUUUACUGGGGCCUGUAACCACUCCUGAGCAUCAGCUUCUGAAGACUCCUUCAUCUAGCUCCCUGUCACAGAGAGUCCGCUCCACCCUCACCAAGAACACUCCCAGAUUUGGGAGCAAAAGCAAGUCUGCCACCAAUCUAGGACGACAAGGCAACUUUUUUGCUUCUCCAAUGCUUAAGUAAAGUCACAUCUGCCUGUUAAUUCCCAGCAUUGACCGACUGUAAGAAAGGAUACACCUGUACUUUCAGCUCUGCUGCCUCCUGUACUUACUACUACUUUUAGCAUUCUCUAGGCUUUUAAUCAAGUUUAACUGUGCAAAAAGGUUUUAUUAAAACUAUAUAUAUCUCCCUCUCCUUCUCUUUAAGUAACAUAAUAUCAGCACCUUACGCUGGUCAUUGUUGGGAGCUUUUAGAUGGGAGAUCUUUCCAUGGGUAGAACGGGUAGUAUGGAAUUUAUUGGGAUUCUUUUUGGAGCAGGGGGUAUCCCUUUGGCUUAAAGCCAAAAGCUGCUCAUGGAAUGACCUUUCUCUGAUACCAUUUAGAACUGAUUUCCAUGAGACAAUGACUGAAACCCCUCCUCUCUGGUAAGACUGACUUGUCUCAGGGUGGGAAGUGGGAAGGCAGGUUAAAGAAAGGGUUGGACAAAGGAUUUAGGAUGGCUCCUUCUGAGAACUCAGAAAAUCCCCUUCCUCCAUUAUGAAUUGAGCUAUAUAGCAUGGAGGCUUCAUAAAAAUGGGAUAGGUUGAGAAUGGAACUAGCAGUGGGAGUAUGCUUAGCUUUAAUUUGGAUUGAUUAGAUCUUAAUAGUGUUAAGUGGCACAACCUUAUAAAUGUGAUAGUACAGCUUGUGUUUAUCUCUGAUGGACCACUGACUAGAUUUUGGGUUUGAUUGGUGUCUAAACCAGUUUGUUCGUCUAAAGUUGAAUUCAGUCUGAUGCUUGACUUCCCCCACCAACCUUGUCCAAUGGAGCCCUACUUCUAAAGGUCAGUAUGUCUAUUUGGCAUCCCAACUAACAAUUAAGAGUAGGCUGUAAGGGAAGAUUGUCAAUAUUUCAUGUGGUAAGAAAAACCACAGUCAUUUUGUCUUUGCACUUUGGAUGCUGAAAUUUUGCCAUGGAACAUAGCCACGUUUAGAUAAAUGUGAGCUUUUUCUUCUAUUAGAAUUAUUCUCAAUGUCUGUAAAAAUGGUUUUCUUCUAUAGAAUUUUUCUCAACUCAUACUGACCCAUGUCUGUAAAACACGUUUGGAAUGAUAUUUGGAAAAAAGUAAAUAGAUGUUUCAAAAUGAA